CGCACUGGCAUCAAGACCCGGCCCCGCCCUUUCGGCGACCAGGUCCGCCACUUCCAGCCAUCCUCCCAAAAGUACCACCCCAAGCCCCAGCGACAACCAAAUCCUCCCCUUCUCUGGAGGAAAGCCGGAAAAAAAAAAAAAGGGAAAGCCUAUCUAUUUAUCUGCAGAAGAACAGGACUGGGACCGAUUUCUUUUUCUGUCUCCACAAUAUUCAUGGCCAUCCUCAUCCCAGCUCCAGCUAUCAAUCGUUUUCUUGAUGCUUCCACGGAACCAGCCAUGGCCUGGAUCCGCCGCUCCUUCUGCCCCUCCUACCGCCAGGGCCUCCUUUCCCCGCCGCCGCCGCCGCCGCCAUCCCCUCUCCGCCGCCUCCUGAUGAUGGGCGCCUACCUCCCGCGGCACCCCCGCAAGACAAGCAACAUCUCCUCCUGGCGGCGGCACCUCCUCCGCUUCCUCCUCUUCUUCCUCCUCGGCUUCUUGCUGGGCCUCUCCCCCUUCGCCGACCUCGACGACUCCGGCCUCCGCCCCCAUGACUUCUCCUUCGACGACGACGGCGGGCGCCCCCGUCGGGAUCUCUCCGCCCUCGUCCGCUCGAGGCCUUGGGAGAUUGAGAUCGUGCGGCCCGAGGGCCUCGUCGCCGUCGAGCUCGAGGCCAGGAAGGAGGAGGAAGGCCCCGGCGAGCCCGAUCCGCGGUCCCUCGGGAAGCUCCUCAUCGUUGUCACCCCGACCUACAACCGCGCCCUCCAGGCCUACUUCCUCAACCGGCUGGGCCAGACGCUGAGGCUCGUGCCGCCGCCCCUUCUCUGGAUCGUGGUGGAGAUGAACGCCGCCUCCAUGGAGACGGCCCAGAUCCUCAGGAGGACGGGGGUCAUGUACCGCCAUCUGGUCUGCAAGAAGACCUCCACCGACAUCAAGGACCGAGGCGUCCACCAGCGGAACACGGCGCUCGAGCACAUCGAGCGGCACCGUCUCGACGGCAUCGUGUACUUUGCCGACGACGACAACAUUUACUCGCUCGAGCUGUUCGACCGCAUGAGGGAGAUCAGGAGAUUUGGCACUUGGCCCGUUGCAAUGCUUGCUCAAAGCAAAAAUAAGGCAAUACUGGAAGGCCCAGUAUGCAAUGGAAGUCAAGUGAUUGGUUGGCACACAAAUGAGAAAAGUAAGAGACUUCGAAGAUUUCAUGUUGACAUGUCAGGAUUUGCAUUCAACAGCACAAUACUGUGGGACCCGAGGAGGUGGCACCGUCCAACCUCAAAUGCCAUAAGGCAACUAGACACAGUAAAGGAGGGUUUUCAGGAAACAACAUUUAUAGAACAGAUAAUUGAAGAUGAAAGCCAAAUGGAAGGCUUGCCAAAUAAUUGCUCAAGGAUCAUGAAUUGGCAUCUUCACUUGGAAGCUAGAAAUUUUGUUUAUCCUAAAGGGUGGCAAGUCUCAAGAAAUCUUGACGUUGUCAUUCCUUUGAAAUAGAAAUUGCAUCUUUGGCAAGCAAAUGUCUAUGCAUGCAACCAUCGCGUGAGUGGGCCUUCAAUGCUGGUUGACUUCUCAAAACAAAGCACCUGCUUGAAUCAGCGGUCAUUUCCACCACCACCAGACAUGCCUUCAUACAAAUAUUCAUUCAAUAUUCUUUGAGGGAAGGGAACCAUCUUAGUGUGAUAAUGGUCCAUAUUCUUUGGAAGUAUACCCAAUGAUGUAUACAUUCAUUAGCGAGGAGCUUUUGUUCUCAGCAAAAAAGAGAGGAGCUUUUGUAUUAUUUUUUUUUCCUUACCUUGGAAACUUUUGCAUUACUAAAAAUCUGCUGAAGUGUUUUCAUGUAAGAGUUUGUUCGCAGCAUCAAUUUUGCGCUCA